CAUAAAACGUUGCAGUUUCUGCUAUGCAGUUAAGAUCCGGCCAUGUUUGCAGAUAAAAUUUAAUGUUGGGAUGUAAUUCCUGAGGGAAGAGGCCUUAAAACCUGUACCAGCAGGUCCUGGGUUCCAUGUGACCCAUUUACACAUAUGUUCAUGCCCAUGUGGCUGCUCCAGGGGUAUCCCCUGUGGACCGCAUGCUGAGCUGCAGGAUUCUUGCCUUCUAGGGACCACCCUCCACUACCUGAGCUCCUCGCUCUGUCCCUCACAACCCCAAAGCAUGGUAGGAGAGGAAGGGGGAUCCUAGCUUCCCCCCAAACACCCACACUCCUUUCUGUAUCUCUCUUGCCUGACUCCUGCUCCUCCUGCCUGCAUUCGUUCUUUACCCAUAAGCCUUUCCUCACCACCACCCCCUCUAACUCGAGGGCAUCCUUCAUCCAAAGGACCUGCUGCAAUCUCUCUCCAUCCUCCCCACAUCUCCCUGACACCAAAACCUCACCUUCACCCCCUAUGUAGAAAACCUGGCUUAGGGGACCCCAAAAUGGAUGAGAUGUGGAGCUCUUGAUUUUCUCAGAGGACAGCGAGCUGAUCAGCACAGUGGAGUGGGUAAGAGCCUGGAAGCAAACACUGGCUAUGACAGAGGCCAGAGCUGGGCAUGGUCCACUCCGCUGUGUGACCCAGCGCCAGAGCUGAGUGUUCACAGAGGAGACAGCCACAGGCUGAUGAGUGGGAAAGGAUGGAGGGUGUCCCGUGCUGAAGGCACAGCCCAGGUCCCCAUCCCGUGCAUGAGUGAGUGGCUGCACAGAGGGGUUGGGGGUGGGCUCCCUGCUUUGUGGUCCAGGGGAGAUGGGGGCCCAGCACCUCUCAACAGCAUUUCCCAUUGACGCCCCUGUGAGUGGGUUUCACGAUGGCUCCAUUAUGUGUACUCAGGAGAUUAAAAGCCUCGCCUCUCCCGACAUUCUUUCUGCUGGAACUUCUUAUUGCCUUUCUAACAGCUGAGUUGUAAGCAUUGCAGCCCUUGUCUUUCCUGGAGGGCAGUCUGGUUCCCACUCUGCGUGGGGUGGGGGUGAUCAGCCUUUCAAAAGCCUUUCCUUCCGUUGUGAGUGGUUUUCCCCUCACCAAUCUCGCACCUUUUUUUUUUAAGUCCAUAAUCCAGGGAUUCCCCUCUUUGGAACUAUUUAAACAGACAUGGGAUGCUGGCAGGAGCCACUUAAAAGGAUUCCUGCCCCAGAGGAGGCUGUCUGGGUGGCCUGUGGCAGGAGAGGUCCAGCUUUGAAACUCAAGCGAGAGGUGCCUGCGGCUUCGGGCCACAAGCCUCUGUCUGAACUGUGCCUUUCUCCCUGCAGUCAGUGGGCAUGGCAGCUGUCCCAGGGCCGUGCUCUCCCCACACAGGUGCUCCAGGCAAGGAUCUCCUGUUCUCUGCUGAGCCUCAGAGGCCACAUGUUUCUGGAAGGCCUUCACAGAGCCAGGCUUUCCAAGCACAACCAGGGGUGCCGGCGGUCUGGACACCUGGGCUUACGUAGAUUGGCCGUCAGGGGUCUGGACGUUCACAUCCUCGCCCCUCAGGAGACCUUGCUCGCAGAGGGGGAAUUGGAGGCCAUGGAAAUUCCCAAGAGGCAACGGAUGUGGCCUCUAGAAGAGAGGGCUCCAGCUUCCAUGCCAGACCUGCUGAAUCUGUCGUUUGGACUCAUUUCGGAGGCUGUAACUGGUCUUGUGUUGGCUGUGUGUCAGGCCCUGGAGAACACUACAUCUGCCUUGAGUGCAAAUCCACCUAUGGCCGCAGCUGUCGUGUCCUACUUUAAUGAUUGCCCGGAUUCCCACAGUCAGUUCUGCUUCCAUGGAACCUGCAGGUUUUUGGUGCAGGAGGACAAGCCAGCAUGUGUGAGGAAGCUGCACUAAUACUGUCUACAGAGAAGUCCCAUUGGCUUGGCUGCAACUCCUGAUGUCUUUUAAUCUAAAAGUGAAGGUGGCAGGCUAUCUACUUCAUCAAAAAGCACUCUUAAAAAACGAAAGUUUAGCUAUCAUUGCCAUGUCUGAGGGGGGAAAAAACAUUAAAACCAGAGUGUGAUGUUUGGUGCAAGGCUGCUCCUGGGAAGUUCCCUGUGGGAAGGAAGGCUCCCACCUGAGAAGGUGAUCAAACAUUUUCAUCAAAAUUUGAAAGUCACCCCAGACAAAGAGACCAAUGUGCAAGCUAAGUAUCUUCUAUUGAAAAGAAUAAUAUGCUUUGAAGAGGGGAAAUGCCUGCAUCAGAAAAUGGCCAUCUCUUCCUAUGGGUAGAACAUGUCCUAAAGAAUCAUCACAUGAGAAGCACUUGUGGCUGCCCCGGAAUCGGGCUGGGGGAUGGAGGUGGGUAGGACAGACCAGAGCGAGAUGGAAGAAGCAGCAUUCGCCUUUAGCACAUAGGAGGAGGCCGAAACUGAAAUGAAUGAUGCCAAAGAGCCUUGAAUAGUAGCAAUGCCCGUAAUAACAGUGGCUUGUGUUGAUGUUGCCCUUAAAGAUUACACGCAGCUCACGAACAUGACCUCUUUUGUGCCCUUACUAAUCCUCUAGUGGAGAAAGGCCAGCUGUUGUUGGAAAUGAGGACCAGGGUUCACAGGAGAUCAGUGGCUUCGCACGUCCUACACUUACUAGUUAGUAGUGCUGGCUCUAAUGUCAGUACGUGCCUCAUGUGCUGGGCCACCAGGUAAAUGCUUGCAGAGCUAAUUAAACUUAAAGAAGAUAAGCAAACCACAGCCUGUGUCUUCUGCUGGUUUAGUGUGUUUUCUUAAGCUCAUCAUCAGAAAUGCUGAAUACACACAUUUGGUUUAAAAAUAACCUGAAUUUUUAUGAACUGCCAAAAUGAACUCCGUGUCAUAAACACAUUUGCUGCCUCCUUCAUUCCCCCAAGAGCUGGCUUGGUGACAAUAAUAAUAAAGUGCUUCAGCAGCACCUUUCAUCCCCACGCGAUAAAGCUGGUUCCUUACCCCUCAUUCUCCAAGCAAGAGGUGCCUGUGCAGAGAAGUGGGGGUGACUUUACUGACACCUGGAGGGGUCCUUUUGGGCUUUUCCUGUGGCUUCGGGUCCCUUCAGCGCUGCCUUCCCUGAGGACUUGGGGGAAACAAGCCUUCUACCGGAGAGCGUGCUGAUGUCCCUUUCUU